AGAUACAUGUCUGUAUUCAACAAAAGACACUACUCGCAUUCCUCUAACAUUCUUUCUUAGACAAACAUUCCCAGAUAUAGAAAAUGUCAGCUAAACUACAAACAAGGGAAACGUCCCUCGCUCGCCUACAUGACUAAACCAUUACAUCAUCAACCCCUGGCAAAUAAACACAAUGGAACAGAAGGAAUGGGUUGCCAUCUGCCGGAAUAGAGCUGCCCUGACAAGCUACGUAGAUGUGAAGGAAGCUAUUCAUUAUCUCAAGGCUCAGAUCGAGGACCCUCCUGUUGGAGCCUAUUUCUCUCCUCUUGAUGUGCAGCUGGAGUCUGCUGAGAUUGACCAGUUUCAAGACCAUGUCUCGAUAAAAAGUUUGCUCGACUACCUAAGGAGACAAAGAGAUGGUUUUAACUUGCUAUGUAGUGCUCUGAAGGCAGCAAAUCAGUCUUUCAUAGCUGAUAUCUUGCUUCAAACCAAAGAUAAGAUUCCUGAAGUAGAUCAUGCCCCAAGUUUCGACAUACCAGACACACGAAGAAUGAUUCUUUACAAGAUCGCAACCAAACUACAAUCCGGGAGAAGUUACAUCAACUUGUACGGAGAACAAGGUGUGGGUACUUCCUGCUUUCUAGAGCAAAUCAUACGGUACUUACAAGAAGAAUGUUACUUCAGCAUCAAGAGGAUUGAUCUUACUGACACACCACUGAUACUCCAACAGAAGUACUUUUCUACCAUGAAACACGAGCUUUUAUCCAAAGAAAAGGCAAUGAAGAAAUUUUGUGUUUUUUGUGUCGAUAACUGCAAUUCAAUCGUUCUCCAACAGAAACCAAAGCAUCAGAUGCAUCAGAUGAAAUCAGUUGCAACUUGGAUAGCAAGUUGUAAGAACAAUCUCGGGAUAAGCCUCCUUACCACCGCCUCUAACAAGAUAGAGGGGCUAGAUAACAUUGAAGUCAGCAGACUGCCUGUGGAAGAAAUGGGUAAAGACAUUCAAAAAAUGUUUUUGAAUAUUUCUGAUGCUGAAAUAAGGGACCUUACAGCCGUGUUUCCGGAGGAAUGUAAUCCUCUGGACUGUUUUCUACUGAGUACUCUUUACAUACUCCAUCGCAAACAGGUGGAUCACGUGGCAACAUUCCUCAAAAGACACCCAACCGACACAAGAAAUGAACUGUUUGCCGCGGUGUUCAGUAAACUGUCCAGGACGCAGCAGGACAUUUUGUUAUCAGUAUAUUCAUUGCCGUGCAAUGGGAAAGUUAGUCUUCCUUCUAUUUACUCGUUAUACCACGGAUCAUCUAGACCUCCAGAAGAGAUUCGCAUUCAACUCCUGGAAACAGCAAUAACUGAACUUGUUGACUUUAAUUUGCUUAACAAAAAGGACCAUCGGUACUCGAUGAAAGACUCCAAUUUCUUUUACCACUUCCGAGCGUUUUUCAAGAAGAAACACCCCAAAAGAUUGAGAGUGUAUUAUUUGAGAGGGCUUCACUAUUAUCUGGAUUAUACUAUCAAGAUUAUCCAAGAUGUUCAUUCACUAAACGAAUUCAAUAAGACUCAAGCAGAGGAAUGGGCGGACACAAUACCUCGAAUCUCCUUUGUUCUGGAACCGACAGAGAUCCUUCUAGAACAAGCCAUCCUCCGCAAACCACAAAUCAGCAAACCUCUUUACAACAAGAGGAUAUUUGUUAUAGAGAAGUUGAGAGACAUUGCCCUGCACGUUCCCAAUGCUACUCUCAUUCUGUCGGCACAGAAUCUGUUGAAUGAUUUCGAUAAUUAUCACUGUAAACAUGCUGACAUUGAGGAUAAAGCGAAGUUGCUGUGUCUCAUAACUGAACUGUCCCUCUCCCCUGACUGCAGUUCUACAGAUGCCCGGGAAAACCUUCAAAAGGCCAUGAUUGAAGUCCAAACUUUGUUAGACAAGAAGAAAUCAGCACCUGAACUCAGAGUUAAAUACUACUUGAGGAUACUUAUACCCCUUGCAGAGAUUUACGUAAAAGAAAAGAGUUUCGAGAAAGCGCGACACUGUUUUCGGGAGUGUCUCAAGUUAAAGUGUGACAAUAAGACUAUAAACUGGUUGCUGAGAAAGAGACUGAAGUUUGUUAACGAUAUUUUGAAGAACCCCACCAGUCUCGAGCUAGAAUCCCCGACGGGUAGUGCUAGUUUUACUCCUCUCUCGCCGGUCGACGUUACCUCCAAGAACUUCCUGUCAAAUGACAUUAAAUACCAUCUGGAGAUGGGGGAUAAUUUCUACGUUAGAGGAGAUAUUACGAUAGCGUUUAACUACUAUUUCGAGUUGUACAGGAAGUUCCACAGUCAACAUCUCCACCUUAAAGAGCAGGAGUACAUCCUCGUUACUAUGGGACAUCUCAAACUACAGAAACAUUCUCGUCUUGUCAGAUCGCAAGUAAUGGACGCGAUACGAUUCUACGAAGAAUCCCAGAACUUCUACAAGCUCCGUAAGGACCACUGUAGUGAGUUUCUCAAGAUCUGUAUUUUCGCAGCUAACUUGCUGGCUGGGAAGAAGAGAAUAUCACGUGAUAUGAUGUUACAGUUCAGGAAUGCUCAGAAUGAUACUAAAACUGCGUUCUUCUUGUCAGUGUUUCACAAAGAUACUAAUCACAGACUUCUCUGGAGAGAACUUACUUGUACAGAAAAGGAGCAUCAGACCAAUAGAAUUAAACCUAAAGUUGUUAACUACUACAUGUUGGAAGAAGCACACUACAAAAUAAAAUGUAAAGAGAUUUCAACAAACGACAAGACAAAGUUUCUUAUCUUUCCCUCCGAACAGCUGCUGGAAAACGUCGACUUAUUCGAUCCGGCACCCCUUUAUCGACAGGAGGACCUACAUUUAGCAAUUUACAUCAAGAUACCUUCUACACGAAUAUGAUAAACUUUCUAACUAUUGAGUAACUAUAAUUACUUUGAGUGUAAGAUCAAGAUGUAAACUUGUAUUGUAUGUAGGAUACUAAGCUUACUUAGUGAUAUAUUUUCUUAAUGUACUUAAUAAUUUACUUCUUAUUGCAUGGUCACACAAUGUAAAUAUUACAGAUUUCCAGAGUUUAAUUGAAUUUCAAGGAUGCGUGAAAGUCGCUGUAAAAUUCGCCAUUUUUUAGAUUUGAGACUUUAUGUCCUUUUUAGUCGAUUUUGAUGUAAAUGAUUAGUUAUAGGGUUUCAUGGGGUUUAUGCAUGACCAUAAUACUGCACCAAUGUUAUCACACAUUCUUCGAUUUGUUAGAGAUCCGCACAAUUCCUUUCCAGGGUACAUAAUUUAUGCGUUUUUAGCAUAUCAUAUCUAUUUUAUAAUUCCACAUUUUGGCGAUCAUAUUCACUAAUUUUAUUAUCCAUGGAUUUAUUUAAAUUUUGACGUAUUUUUACAAGUUUUUAUGUUAUAUCUUCUUCUUUUAUCAAUCUUACAAUUAAUGUAUUGGAUAUAAAAU